GGUUCCACCGCCCUCGCCUCGGCCUCACCAGCCCGCCGGCUCGGCGCUCGGCAGCUCCUCCGCGAGCCCGCCGGCAACUCGCACCCCUCUCGCGCUCCCCUGGCGCCCGAGGGGGCCGCCUGGGGCCAUGGUGCCCUUCCCCGAGGAGCCCGCUGUCGCGCGGGGGACGAGCGAGGCGCAGCCGCCGGGCCCUGCGCCCACCGUGGGGGUCGCUCCGCUGCCCGGCCCGGGACCCUCGGACGGCCCCGAGGCGUCGGUGGAGAAGGUGGAGGUAGAGCUGAGCGGGCCCGCGGGCGCUGAGCCCCCGCAGCCUCCCGAGGGUGGCUGGGGCUGGCUGGUGAUGCUUGCCGCCAUGUGGUGCAAUGGGUCGGUGUUCGGCAUCCAGAACGCCUGCGGGGUGCUCUUCGUGGCCAUGCUGAAGACCUUCGGGUCCAAGGACGAUGACAAGAUGGUCUUCAAGACAGCAUGGGUAAGUUCUCUGUCCAUGGGGAUGAUUUUCUUUUGCUGCCCAAUAGCCAGUGUCUUCACAGACAUGUUUGGUUGUCGGAAGACAGCUGUUGUGGGUGCCGCUGUUGGAUUCAUUGGACUCAUGUCCAGUUCUUUUGUAAGCUCCAUCGAGCCUCUGUACCUUACCUAUGGAGUCAUAUUUGCCUGUGGCUGCUCCUUUGCCUACCAGCCCUCCUUGGUCAUUUUGGGACACUAUUUCAAGAAGCGCCUCGGCCUGGUGAACGGCAUCGUCACCGCUGGGAGCAGCAUCUUCACAAUUUUGCUGCCUUUGCUCUUAAGGCUUCUGACUGACAGCGUGGGCCUCUUCUACACACUGAGGGUCCUCUGCAUCUUCAUGUUUGUCCUCUUUCUGGCUAGCUUUACUUACCGACCUCUUGUUCCAAAUGCCAAAGAUAAAGAGAGUGGAACCAAAGGAGGCAACAGAUUCUCCCUCUUUUCCAGGAGGAAGUUUAGUCCUCCAAAAAAAAUUUUCAAUUUUGCCAUCUUCAAGGUGACAGCUUAUGCAGUUUGGGCAGCUGGAAUACCACUUGCACUUUUUGGAUACUUUGUGCCUUAUGUUCACUUGAUGAAAUAUGUGAAUGAGAGAUUUCAAGAUGGAAAAAACAAAGAGGUGGUUCUCAUGUGCAUCGGCAUCACCUCAGGAGUCGGACGGCUGCUCUUCGGCCGGAUUGCAGAUUAUGUGCCCGGUGUGAAGAAGGUGUAUCUUCAGGUAAUCUCCUUUCUCUUCAUUGGUCUGAUGUCCAUGAUGAUUCCCCUAUGUAGGGUCUUUGGGGCCCUAAUUGCUGUCUGUCUUAUCUUGGGUCUCUUCGAUGGAUGCUUCAUUUCCAUUAUGGCCCCCAUUGCCUUUGAGUUAGUUGGUGCCCAGGAUGUUUCUCAAGCAAUUGGAUUUCUACUUGGAUUCAUGUCUCUACCCAUGACUGUGGGCCCACCUAUUGCAGGGUUACUUCGUGACAAGCUGGGCUCCUAUGAUGUGGCAUUCUACCUCUCUGGAAUCCCUCCCCUUAUUGGAGGUGCUGUCCUUUGUUUUAUCCCCUGGAUCCAUAGUAAGAAGCAAAGAGAGAUUGAUAAAACCACUGCAGGAGAAAAGAUGGAGAAAAUGUUGGAGAAUCAGAACUCUCUGCUGUCAAGCUCAUCCGGAAUCUUUAAGAAAGAAUCUGACUCUGUUAUUUAAUGUCUUACAUACCUCUACCAGACUGAACUUGCUUUCAGAAGUUUAAGCAAGUUUUCCUUUUAUAUAAAUUGCAAAUUUCUUAUUUUUUUAAUUACAUACUAGGAAUAGCACAAUAAUGAGGAACUAGAACCCUUAUUACUACAAGAACCAUUUUCUGCCACUGAAUAGCUAGCUGUCUGGCAUUUCCAUGAGUGUGCGGGCAGAGACUCUGGUAUAUGAAAACUUACGUCGGAAAGUCAAAUAUUGUGAGCAUUGAUGCUAUUUCAGUAAAAAGCAACUCUGGAAACUGUGAAUGCUAAUACGCUUGUACAAAUAUUUAAAAAUACCUCAAGCUAUAAUGAAAGGGUUGCAAUUUGGUUAGGACUGGAAAUAUUGUCUGUUGUCUCACGUGAUGUUUUUAAUUCCGGUAUCUCUGUUUUAAUUUCUUCUGCUACUGGGAAACUUUUUACAAGACUGAAACCUGGAUUCUAGGUAAUCUUAGAUCUACCUAAACCUCAAGUCUGUGUUAAAGCUGCUUGCCUGCUGUUAAAUAAGAUCUGAAAUUAAGUUAUUUCGCCUUGCUCUGGUGUCCAGGGAGCUUCCAGGAGCAGAUGGUAGCACCGUGUUCAGAUUCGUGCACGACACAGAAGGGAUCCUGGUCAUAAGGGCAGAGCAAUUCGGGAGGCAGGCAUUUCUUCCUCCUCCAUUUGUUCCCUUUCGGUUUGCAGUGUGUUUUACUUAAGUAGCCAGAAACCCCCAAAUUUCUGAACUUGUUUAAAGUGUAACAAUAAAGUGAAAUAGAAUGAAUGAAAGAGA